UUCUGUAUGAGCCUGAAGGCUCAAGUGGGCCUCGGUUGUCUCGGGCCUUGACUGCCAUGAUCGAGGUGGAGUCCCUAGGAAAGGCGGGGAGCCGCAGGGCCUGGAGGACAGCCAGGUGGGUGGAGAGCGGGGACCUGUGUUCCAGGUAUGGGGACAGCAGAGCAAAGGUUCCAGGGAGGGGAGGCGUGGCCAGGUAGGGACCUCGGGCUGCGGGCUUGAGGUCAAGCCCCGGUAAGAACGUUGGCCCCGGGGCGAGCAGGGGGCGCCCGGGGCUGGGUCAGCACUUAGCCCACGUAAGGGGCUGCGAGUUCCAGAGCGCGGACGCUGAGCAGGGUCCUCGCGGGGGAGGCACGGCGUCCCCCUGCGCUGGGCCGGCUGCGUGCGAGGGGGCACGGACCUCCGGAGAGCCACUCGCACGGCCCGAGGCACACGGGGGUCGUCUCCUGGACUCCCGCCCCGGCUCGGGACCCCGCGCUCACGACAGUUCUCGCCGUGCAGCCGCCCGCUCCGAGCGCGGGGGAGGCGGGCUCGCGUUCCGCCGCUGACCUUCCCCGGCACGGCCUCGGGCGGGACUGGUGAGUCCCCGCCCCGCCCGCGCGCCGCCAUUGGCUGAGGCCUCGGAAGCCCUUGGAAACCCCGACUACCAUUGGCUCCCGCGGCCCCGCCCCACACGCCUCGGCCACCGCCCGCGCAGGAGCUGCGCGUGCGCGGUGUGCGUGCGUGCGUGUGUGCGCGCGUGUCUCUGUGUGCGUGUCCGCGCGCGCGCGCGCGCGGGGGCGGGCUGACGUGUACGGCCACGCCACGCUGUGCGCCUCCGCGGCUCCACUACAGCGAAGCUAGUUCCGGGCGGAUCGCCGCGCUCCCCUGGCACACCGGCCCUCGCCAACCCCGGGGGGCGGGGCCCAGCUCCGCCAGACCGUCGCCUCGGCCGCCCGCGCGGUUUCCCGGGGGCGACCCCGCGGCGCCGACCGCGGCCGAAGGGGGCGGGGUUCCGCUCGCCCCGCCCCCGCGGAGGGAUACGGUCGCCGCGGACCAAAAGCCCGGGGCGAGGCGGCCGGGGCGUGUGAGCGGCUCUCUGCGCGCGUGCACGCGGUCCACGCGCGGCUCGGCCCGGGCCCCCUGCGCCGCGCGGACUGCCUCGCCCGAGCGGGUCUCGGCGCUCCCGCUUCGCGCCGCGGCCGCGUCCGUCUGAGGCUCGGGGCCCCGCGCGGCGCCGGGAGGCCGCCCUCUCGCGUCUGCGGCCGCGCGGGGAGCCGGGCCGGGUGAGCGGCGGCGGAGAGCCCGGGUGCCACGGGCCCGCGCGCCGCUGCCGCCCGCGAUGCUGCUCUCCAAGUUCGGCUCCCUGGCGCACCUGUGCGGGCCGGGCGGCGUGGACCACCUCCCGGUGAAGAUUCUGCAGCCAGUCAAGGCGGACAAGGAGAGCUUCGAGAAGCUGUACCAGGUGGGCGCCGUGCUGGGCAGCGGCGGCUUCGGCACCGUCUACGCGGGCAGUCGCCUCGCCGACGGGCUCCCGGUGGCCGUGAAGCACGUGGUGAAGGAGCGGGUGACCGAGUGGGGCAGCAUCGGCGGCGCGGCCGUGCCCCUCGAGGUGGUGCUGCUGCGCAAGGUGGGCGCGGCGGGCGGCGCGCGCGGCGUCAUCCGCCUGCUGGACUGGUUCGAGCGGCCCGACGGCUUCCUCCUGGUGCUCGAGCGGCCCGAGCCGGCGCAGGACCUCUUCGACUUCAUCACGGAGCGCGGCGCCCUGGACGAGCCGCUGGCGCGCCGCUUCUUCGCGCAGGUGCUGGCCGCCGUGCGCCACUGCCACAGCUGCGGGGUCGUGCACCGCGACAUCAAGGACGAGAACCUGCUGGUGGACCUGCGCUCGGGCGAGCUGAAGCUCAUCGACUUCGGCUCGGGCGCGCUGCUCAAGGACACGGUGUACACCGACUUCGACGGCACCCGGGUGUACAGCCCCCCGGAGUGGAUCCGCUACCACCGCUACCACGGGCGCUCGGCCACGGUGUGGUCUCUGGGCGUGCUGCUCUACGACAUGGUGUGCGGCGACAUCCCUUUCGAGCAGGAUGAGGAGAUCCUCCGCGGCCGCCUCUUCUUCCGGAGGAGGGUCUCCCCAGAGUGCCAGCAGCUCAUUCAGUGGUGUCUGUCCCUGCGCCCCUCGGAGCGGCCCUCGCUGGACCAGAUCUCCGCGCACCCCUGGAUGCUCGGGGCUGAGGGGGGCCCCGCCGAGAGCUGUGACCUGCGGCUCUGCGCGCUGGAUGUGGACGACGGGGCCAGCACCACGUCCAGCAGUGAGAGCUUGUGAGGAGGAGCCCGGGCCUGGCCGGUGGGAGCCGGAGGGACCAGCCCCGCCCGAGCCGGCUGCUGCUUGCGGAAGCAGUGACCUCUGGCGCCGGGCUCUCUGCUUUGCUUUGAGUGCCUUUCCGAACGCUGCUUUCACGGGACUUGGUCCUCUCAAGCUCUGUCUGUCCAAAGACGCCCCGGUCGACGUGAGGUCCGGCCUGGGCCGGGCAGGGGCGGGACCCUGAGACUGUUCCUCUCCUGCGCUGCUCUGGGCAGCUGCCGUGCUGGCCCUCCGCGCCUCCCCCGUCGGACCGUGUGGGACCAGGAGCACGUCCCGUGGCCUCAUCUCACCAGGGACGCGGGGUCCCUUGUGCCCACUUCCCGCGCCGCUUGCCUCCGGUGUUCCUCUGGGCACGUCUGUGCACAAACAAUGCAACGGCGGGGCCUCUGCUGUGUGCGCGGGCCCGCCCGAGGGUGUGUGCGCCUGCUCUCGUCUGCUUCUGGUCUGACCCCGAGGAGGGCUAUUUAUUGUCUAAUUUAUUUGUGGAGGUUCUCUCCUGCCAGCGCCCCCGGCACCUCUGGGCCCGGAGGUGGGGGCGUGGCUGUGUGUGGACCCCAGGUCCUGAUCCUACCUGUGUCUGUCGAAGAUGGACUUGUACAGCGGCUAAUUUAAGGGGUGAGGGGGACCCCGCCGCCUGUGGCUCUGCGCCUCGGGGGUGGGGGGAGUGGGGUAGGGGUGGGUUUUAAAUUAUUGACCUUGUACAGUCUGCUUGUUGGCUCUGGAGGUGGGGGUGGGGGGACAGAGUCUCAGGCCGUUAAUUUAUUGUAGCAGCUGUGUUUCUGGGUCCCGGUGUGCGUAGGCAUUGAGGAUGGGGUAUCUUUCAGUUCACAAGUGAGAUGUCCGGAGAUCAUAUUUUUUAUACAGUAUUUCAAUUAAAUUGUUUUGUAUAUAA